CAGACAGAGAACUUUAAUUCAGCUGUAGCCAUGACCUAACAUCACCCAGUGGAUGGGUGUAAUGUGAGGGGUAGUUGCUGAGGAGGACGCUGAAAAAGACAUCCAUUACCUCUGGGGUGUGUGUGUGGUAAGCUGCUGAGCUUUUGAUGUAACUGGAGCAAGAAAAGAGCCAUGGGGAGGCCAGUGUUUGAAGUUCCUCUGAUCCUGUUGGCUGUGAUGUUGAUGGGCACUGGAGCCAACAAUUGUGUGUGCAAUGGGAGAUCAAGGUGCCGCUGUGAAGGAGUGAAAGGCAGCAAGGGAGACAAAGGUUUUCUAGGACUUCCAGGUCCCCCAGGGCCAGGGGGCCGUCCAGGACCAGAUGGUCAUGCUGGACCUUUGGGACCAAAGGGCAACACUGGGCCCAAUGGACCUGCGGGGCCACAAGGCGAUCCGGGACCUGAAGGCAAAGAAGGAUUUGCUGGCUCUCAUGGUUUGCCGGGUAUUCCAGGUUUACAAGGACCUCCGGGACCUCCAGGAGCUCCAGGCUGCAAUGGAACAGAUGGAGAGGAUGGACCUCCUGGUGUUCCCGGGGCCCACGGGAUUGAUGGACAUGCAGGUCCACCUGGUGCGCCUGGGCCUAAGGGUGAAUCUCGGGUAUCAGUGGGUGCAAUACCAGGGCCACCUGGGCCACCUGGGAGGGAUGGAGUGCAGGGGGAUCCAGGUCCCCCUGGACAGCAUGGACCACCAGGAAACCCUGGACCAUGGGGCCCUGUUGGGCUUAGUGGCCGUCCUGGGGCUCCAGGAUCUAAGGGACAAGAGGGUAUAGGUGGUAUCCCAGGACCUCGCGGACCAAAGGGGAGAACAGGACCGCGAGGACCACCGGGGCCACCGGGUCGGAUCAAGGAGUUUUUAACUGAGAGUGUUGUGUUAAAGGGUGAAAAAGGAGACAGAGGAGAUGUAGGCGGAAAAGGCUGCAAGGGUGAACCAGGAGACCCUGGCUAUUAUGAAAAAGGAGCAAAGGGGGACAAAGGAGAGCAUGGUCCAGAUGGUAAGCCAGGGAAGGAUGGUGGCCCUGGACGAGACUUUAGGGGGAUUCCUGGUCCCAGAGGUGAUCCAGGAUAUCCAGGGACACAAGGAGAGACGGGUGAAAAGGGAGAUCGGGGUCCCCCUGGUCCACCUGGAGAUAUAUAUGUGACUGAGCCACUCAAAGGAUACCCUGGAGAUCCUGGUUUCCGAGGCCCGCCUGGGCCCCCUGGGCGUCAAGGUGUUGAGGGAUUUCCUGGACCUGACGGACCUCCAGGCCAUUCAUCUGGGGAUUAUGUGCCUGGCCCACGUGGUCCCAAUGGCUUUCCGGGCAGCAAAGGAGACCCUGGGGAGCCUGGGGAUAUUUUUCCUGGACUCCCAGGUCUAAAUGGGGAUGAUGGGGAUCAAGGGCCUCCUGGGGAUCCGGGCCCGCCUGGACCUCCUGAAGACAGAACUAACAGGAUUACCAAGGGUCUCCCGGGAGCGAAGGGAAUGAGGGGUGCACCUGGACAUAUGGGACAUGAUGGGAUGUAUGGAAGGAAAGGAGAGAAGGGGGAGCCCUGUUAUGAGUGUAUCGGAUCAGGACCCCCAGGACCACCGGGUCCACAUGGUCCACCAGGCAUCCCUGGAUAUAAUCAAGGACCAGGUGCUAAAGGUGAUCCAGGCAUUCCAGGACCUCCUGGCCUACCUGGAAGCCCAGGUCCUAUUGGUCAAAAUGGAUUUCCAGGCCCUCCAGGACAAAAGGGAGACUCAUAUUCCUACAGCACUCCUGGGAUAAAGGGAGAGCAAGGUGACACAGGACAGCCUGGCAGGCCUGGUACAGAUGGCCUCCCUGGGUUUCCUGGGCUGCCAGGUCGCAAAGGCGAUCAAGGGCCCCCGGGGGAUUCGUAUCCCUCCUUUGGUGAAUUGGGGGACCGGGGUUCCCCAGGUCUACCAGGGCCUUUAGGCAGUCCUGGAACUGUUGGUUACCCUGGGCCAGUGGGAUAUGGGCCUACUGGAGUUCCAGGAAGUAAGGGAGAUGUUGGGGUACCUGGCCUGCCAGGACAGGCUGGAUUUCCAGGCCAAAAAGGUGAACCUAGCUACGUCCACACGAAAGGACUUCCUGGACCACGUGGAUAUAAAGGCCUGCCUGGUCCACCCGGAAGCCAAGGUAUUAAUGGAGCACCAGGUAUGCCAGGAACACCAGGUUUUCGAGGACAGAAAGGAGAAAGCGGGGAGGUGUCAUUUCCUGGAAGGCCGGGGUUGCCGGGACAAAAAGGUGACAAGGGGCAGCCAGGUCUUCCAGGCUAUUCGGGUAGGGGCUUGUCUGGUCUGCCAGGUCCACAAGGCCUUCCUGGGCUUGCAGGACUGAAGGGUGAUGGCGGCCCUGGAUACCCUGGACCCCCAGGACCCCCAGGGCCUCCAGGAGCAGACGGAGAUCAGGGGCCUGUUGGAGAUCCUGGGAUCCCUGGCCCACCUGGGAUCACAGGACUAAACGGCAGCCCUGGCUUUCAAGGAGAAAAGGGAAUGAAAGGUUCUGUAGGGCUCCAAGGACCACCUGGUAGUAAAGAUUUAUGUAAAGGUGAUCUACCUGGACCAAGGGGACCACAAGGACCAGAUGGUUAUCCAGGACUUCCAGGACCUAAUGGCUCCCGUGGUGAGAAGGGGAACCCAGGUUUGCCAGGGUUUGGUCGUCCUGGUGUACCCGGUGAACCUGGUUCUCCUGGGCCGUCAGUGCCAGGCCCACCUGGGCUCACUGGACAAAAAGGGAUCACAGGACAGAGCAGCCCGCCUGGUCAACCAGGACUGAGAGGAGACCCUGGACCAGAUGGGUCACCAGGAUAUGGACCAAAAGGGGAAACUGGAGUUGUAGGACCACCAGGCCAAAUAGGUGACCCGGGCCCAGACGGAGCCAGAGGUCCCCGGGGUCCACCAGGCAUGGAUGGUGACCCAGGUCCCAUGGGUCCUCCAGGCAUAUCAGCACAACCACUGCAUAUUUUUGGGCCCCCAGGGGACCCUGGUGAUUUGGGUUACGCUGGCCUGCCUGGUGCCCGUGGAGAUAAUGGAGGUAUUGGACCAAAAGGGCUGAGAGGGGUAAUUGGAGCGCCAGGGAGUCCUGGACUAAAAGGUCCCCCAGGUAAUCCAGGUGUUGAUGGAACAGUGCUCUCAAAAGGAGGUCGAGGACCUCCUGGAGCUCCAGGAGACCCGGGAGUCCGAGGGCCUCCAGGCCAAAAGGGAAUAAAAGGACAUCAAGGAAUCCCUGGAGGGCCAGGUCUAGAUGGUGUACCAGGUCCAACUGGUAACAAAGGAGUUAAUGGAGAGCCAAAUUACAAUGGAUAUGGACCGCCUGGACCAGUAGGACAAAAGGGUGAACCAGGAUUAACCAAUACUUAUGUGAUGAAGGGUCAGAAAGGUGAACCUGGUUCUUUUGGACCUUCAGGUUUACCAGGAAACCAUGGAGCCAAAGGAAACCCUGGGCGUUUAGGACAAAAUGGUUCCCCAGGCUAUCAAGGGCUUAAAGGUUCAGAUGGGCCUCCUGGAGGCAAAGGACAGCGAGGACCCAAUGGGCCGCCAGGUGACCCAGGCCUGCCAGGUGGCGGCGGUUAUCCAGGUCCUAAAGGCAACCAGGGCCAGGAUGGGAUCCCUGGACCACCAGGGCAGAAAGGAGAGACUAUCAUAAUAGGAGGGAAACCAGGCAGACGUGGUAACCCAGGUCAACAAGGCCCCCCCGGAGAGCCCGGUCCCCCCAGCUUUCCUGCUACAGGAAGUCCUGGGCCAAUAGGAGACAUAGGAUAUCCAGGUGCACCCGGGGUAACUGGUGUGAAAGGACUACCAGGAAGAGAAGGGGCUUGUGUUGCUGGUCCCAAAGGAGAGCGCGGCCGUCCUGGUCCGCUUGGCCGCCCAGGCUGUCGUGGUGUACCUGGCCCUCCUGGUCCCACAGUGCCUGGGUUAAAAGGAGACAAAGGGGACCCAGGUCCUACAGGAGGUCCAGGCUAUAGUGGACCCAGAGGAGAUCAAGGCCCUGAGGGUCCACCAGGUCCAAGGGGCAGACAUGGAGACCCAGGACCAAGAGGUGAUCCCGGUCCUCCUGGAAACUAUGGGCCCCCUGGUGGCAAGGGAGACCCUGGAUACAUCCCAGGCCCUCCUGGUCCACCUGGGGUGAAAGGAUUUCCUGGACGACCUGGCUUAAAAGGUGAACCAGCAUUUGUCAGGGUGAUAUAUGAACCAGGACCUCCCGGCUCACCUGGUCCCCAUGGCAAUCAAGGAUCCCCAGGGAGCACUGGACCAGCAGGACCAGCAGGCCCACCAGGUCGGACAGGCAUCAAAGGAGAGCGCGGUUUCACGCCAGACGGCCCGCCCGGAUUUACUGGCCACAAAGGAGACAAAGGCCGUGCAGGGCUGCCAGGUCCACCAGGCGCUCUUGGAAAACCAGGCAAAAAGGGUCCCCCAGGGUUGCCAGGCAGAGGUGGUCCAGGUUAUGUCGACAGUUUCCUCAUAGCCAGACACAGUCAGAGCACCAGUGUGCCCGACUGCCCUCAUGGCACCAGCCGCAUCUACUCUGGUUACUCCUUCCUCUUCAUCAACGGAAAUGAGAGAGCUCAUGGUCAGGACCUUGGCACCACGGGAAGCUGUCUCCCUCGUUUCUCCACCAUGCCCUACCUGUUCUGUGACACAGAGAAUAACUGCCGCUAUGCUUCACGUAAUGACUACUCCUACUGGUUGUCCACUGACACUCCUAUGCCUGCAAACAUGGUUUCAAUCACAGGGGAUAAACUGGCCUCCUACAUCAGCAGGUGCUCAGUGUGUGAAACCACCUCCAAUGUCAUAGCCAUCCACAGCCAGACAACGCUGAUACCUGUAUGUCCACAAGGCUGGGAGUCACUAUGGACUGGAUACUCAUUUGUCAUGCAAACAGGUGCUGGAGCAGAGGGCUCCUCCCAGCCCCUGGUAUCUCCUGGCUCGUGCCUUGAAAGUUUCCGCCAAGUGCCCUUCAUCGAGUGCCACGGCAGGGGAACGUGUAACUACUACCCUGAUUCUUAUAGCUACUGGCUGGCCUCCCUAGACCCUAACAGCAUGUUCAGUAAACCUGUGCCUCAGACAGUGAAGGGACCUUCUCUACAAAGCGUCAUCAGCCGUUGUCGGGUCUGCAGCAAACAUCAGCCAGGUGGUAGAGGAGACGAAAGACGUGGGGACAAUUUUUAACAUUCAGUAUUACUUUUUCCAACGUCAUUUGAAGAAUGAAAACAUGUGAAACGCGAGAUUAAACAGUCAGAUUGGUAGUUUGUAGUGUCGACGUGUUUGUUCAACUGAUGCAUUCAAGUUACAAAUCUGUGUUUGAGUCUGAGGGAAACACACUUCGACACAUUUCAAGGAACGUGCCAAUCAUCUGUAAUUGCAGGUGUGUUAUAGGCACUGAUAAUAGUGUAUAUUAACAUAAACAAAACGUUCAAUAACUCAUUAUGUUAUAGAGGCUGUAGUGUGCCACCUGUGUGUAAUUAUUCCUGCUUCAAUAACAGCCAGUAAUAGCAGUGAUAAAAGUACUACUAGUUGCAGCAAUAGGAGAGAUAUUCUGUUUUACUUUAAAUGCUUGCAAAUACUUGACUUGUGAGUGACAUAUGGAAAACAAGCACAACACCCACACUGCCUAUGUUGCCAUAUCUGUGUGACCAAAGGUGUCUUGAUGCACUAAAUGUCCUGAUAUGUACAGCUGAGAAAUGAUUAAUCUAUCCACACAAAGCUGAUGUCAGUGGGUGACGUUAAGACACAUGAGGUCACAACAGAUGACACACAUGUUCCUAUGACAUCUGGAAAGGUAGUAUGUCGUAAAUAUGACACAGUCUCGCUUUGGAACCGUUACGUUGUGUGUUCACGCGCAAAUAUUGAGUCAUUCCUGCCCUGGCUCUAAAAGCAUUUCUUUGAUUUUCAGCAUGUUAAAUGGUGCAUGGAAAAGACUUUAUGACUCAUACUGCCUACAACUUUCUCCAAUCCAUUUUAAAUGAACUGUCGGGAGGCUGUCUCUGUGGCUUCGGGUCUAAAAAUGCACAUUAAGAUCUUGCGAGGAGAUACUGUGAAAUCAGUUCUUUUACAUUCCAUCUCUCUUGUUUUGGUUUGUCGAUUGGAGGAGAAGAUAUUAAAAUUAAAUACAAAUGAAGAA